AUGUCCUGCUGUGGAGACCGUGAGAAAGGGGCCGUGGCCAUGGAGGAGAAAUGGGACUUCGUGAACUUGGAUGACUUCAAAUCCGAAUCCUGCUGGACACCCUUUUCGUACUUUUUCCUCUGGGUGUUUUUGAUUGUUUCGAUUGCUGUCUACGCCGUGGACACCUUUACCGCAAUCAAUCUGUUAGCCUUCUCUCGAUGGGCCGGUAGAGUCCAGCCGGCCAUCCCGUUCAAUAUCUCUCGAUGGAUCUUCGCCGUCUGCAUCAUCGUCUCUUUUGCCCUUUUGAUUUAUCGAUGGUUUCUUGCCUACCGUGCCAUGCGCUCCGGCAGCAUCACUCGCAGCUACCUGGAUCCACUUGCCGUCCGUGUUCAAUGUUUUCGUGUCUUCGGCAAGAAUGGCCAUGGAUGGAAGAGGUUUCUUGUGUUCGCCGAAUUGACCAAGAGUAAGAAAGGCGCCGAGUACGCGGCUCUGUACACUUAUUUCUCUUUUCAAUUUUGGUUGAACACGGUCUUUGCAGACGGGCCUCGUCAAGUCAUUAAUGCAAUCACGCUAUAUUCAGUCAUGCAAUUGGAUCUUAUUCCGGGAGGCAAACAUGCCCAGGACGACGAUGGCACCUCGCCGGUCGGGCAAUUCUUCAACAAUGUGAAGAUCCUGGCUGAAGACAACAACCUUCAAGCAGUGGUGCUGUUCGGUAUGCUGUUCACGCUUAUCAUCUGGGUGCUGUCGGUUUUGAAGUUGAUCUCUGCCGUGAUCAUCUACUUGAUUUUCCUGUUCCACCAUAUCCCUGCCGAGGACGGUACUCUGAAAGCAUACUGUCGUCGCAAGAUUGGAAACCGGCUCAAGCGAAUUGUGCGACGCAAGGUCAACAAGGCCUUGGCUAAGGGUGUCCAACUGCAAGAUCGCGCACCUACCCAACCCAACUUGGCGGCGGCGGAUGCCAAACCGACCUUGCCGUCAGUUAGUAUGGACAAGAUACCUAGUGUGACCACCUUGUCACGCAGUACCACUGAAACCACCCUCCCGCCCUACACUCGUUCCAACUCUUCUGCUCCGGAGCAGAACCCGACGUUACCGAAUAUUGAAGUCGAUAUCAAACCGCCACUGACUCGAACCACGACUCAGUCAUCCGCCAUGUCUGAUUCCGCGUCGCUGACGGGUAAUGCGGCGCCGAUGGGAUACAGUCCUCUAGAUCGACAAAACUCUCCGCUACCCCCGGUUCCACCUCUGCCGGCCAAUAUUCCGCCUAGACUGGGUUCAGCUCCAUCGCGGCCUACCCCUGGUCCGCCUCCAUUCGCUCAGAACACUGGCCGCAGCAGCCCCGCUGCUGGCUAUCGCAACCUGACCGAUAACAAUCCGGGAGCUCGACCAUAUCGCCCAUUCAGCCCAGCCGUUGACCCUCAUGCCCAACCAAACAGCGCUGGCGCUCGCGUGUCUCAUGAUUAUUAUGGUCGAUCUGAAUCUCCUCGCCUCGAUGCCUAUGGGGUCCCGUGGACCGCCUACGGACACGACAUGGAUGACAUGGAUGAUUAUCCAAUUGGUCAAGCAGGCAGGCCGCAUGCACAGCCCGCCUAUCCACCCCAAGAUGCCUACCCUGCACGGUCUUGUACCCCGGCUAGCACGGGCACUACCCCUUACCCCUCUAGUGGGAGCCCGCCUGGACGUUCCAUGACCCCGGCAAGCUACCGCGGCACACCCUCGCCAGCGGCUGGACCCCCAGUACGGCCUCCACCCAGGACCUUUUCUCCGGCCAACACUCCUAGACCUCAGCAGGGCGCGGGAUACGCGACAUUCAACCCUUCCUUGGCUUCCCAGACUCCUCAAUCUCGCAUGCCGCGAGCUCCUGGUCCACCCGGAUACCAGCCCUUCUCUCGUGCAAACACCGCCUCUCCUUCCGCUAUGAACCGCAACGGUCCUCCGCCGGGACACUCAUUUACCCGUGCAAAUACCGACCAAUUCUGA